CACUUUCUCUUCUGGAAACCUUUCCCUAAGUAAUCCAGACUCAUCUUUCAGUGUCCCGGUCGAAGCCAGCUUUUUAGCAGUACCAGGGGCUGCGGGCCAGAGUUUCCAUCCCCAGCGCCAGGCCUGGGUGGGGUUUGCCAUGACGCCGGGGCAGAGCUCAUAGCGGAGCUGCAGGGCCAUGCUGGCCCCUCUCACCAUUUCCAAAAGUCCUCAGACCUGGCUCCAGGGACCAGCUGUGCGUUCGUGGUGAUGUUUAUUCAAUCAGCAAAGAAAGGAAAGAGUGAGAGAGGAAAAAGCACGCUAUAAAUCUGCACUGCCUCUGGAGUCCCUUCCCAGUGGGACUGGAAAGAUCCCAGCCCUGAUGUCGGGACCCUGUGCACACCUGUGGCAGCACUGCUGACUGCCAUCAAGACAAGGAGGAUAUUUUUCUGCAACAGUUUCCUUUCCUGUAAACCAGGCCUUUGUGGUACCCCAGGAAAGCAGCAGUGUGCAACAAAAAGCUACUGUCAUCCCGAUGAAAGGAGCACAAGUGGUCAGACAGAAUGGCUCCAGUGAACCAGCCCAAGGACAAGAAGCAUGAGAAGACAUAUUGGUCAGAAGAGGCAAAAUCAGCUGGGAAAAGGAAACUGGACUGCGAAGGACUGGAGAAUGUACCACUAGCAAAGAAAUUGUUUUUGAGGAAAACAUCCAAAGCCCAAGAGAAAAUUGGUUGGAAUAGAGGUGGGACUGUGAUGAAAAAUACCAGAGCCUUUUUCCAUCAGCCAAAAUGGCAGUGCAGCAUUGUUCAUUAUGUCUACCAGAACAUGCUGGGAGGCUCCAUCCGGGCACAGCUCAGGCAGUGUCUACAGCUGCCCUUUCUGCGUUCUCUGACCUCAUACCGCCUGUUUCGAACAGCGAGUCCCUUUGACAGGAGAGUGACUUGCCUGGAGUGGCAUCCAACACACCCCAGUACUGUAGCUGUUGGUUCCAAAGGUGGAGACAUCAUUCUUUGGGACUAUGAAGUACUUACUAAAACCUGCUUCAUAAAAGGGAAAGGGCCAGGAGAUUCUCUUGGAGACAUCAAGUUCAGUCCUUAUGAGGCAGCGAAGCUUUAUGUGGCAUCAGGGGAUGGCACCCUAAGUCUGCAGGAUCUUGAGGGCAGAGCGGUGCAGGUGAUCUCCCGUGCCCCGGACUGUGGCCAUGAGAACCAUAACGUUUGUUGCUGGUACUGCAGUGUUGAUGUUUCUGCAAGCUGCCGUACUGUGGUGACAGGUGAUAAUUUGGGCAAUGUGGUCCUGCUCAGCACUUCUGGUGAAGAGAUUUGGAGGCUGAAACUGCACAAGAAGAAAGUGACUCAUGUGGAGUUUAACUCUCGAUGUGAGUGGUUAUUGGCCACAGCAUCUGUGGAUCAGACAGUUAAAAUCUGGGACCUCAGAAACAUUAAAGACAAAGCAAAUUUUCUUCACGUACUUCCUCAUGACAAACCUGUCAAUGCAGCUUACUUCAGCCCAACAGAUGGUGCCAAGCUGCUGAGCACAGACCAGCGCAAUGAAAUCAGGGUUUACUCAUGUUCAGACUGGACCAAGCCUCAGCAUCUGAUCCCACACCCACAUCGGCAAUUCCAGCACCUCACACCUAUUAAGGCAACAUGGCAUCCUCGCUAUGAUCUCAUUGUAGUGGGUCGCUAUCCGGACCCGAAGUUCCCAGGCUACACAGUGAAUGAGCUGAGAACUGUUGAUAUAUUUGAUGGAAACACCGGGGAGAUGGUUUGUCAGCUCUAUGAUCCGAAUGCAUCUGGUAUAAUCUCGCUGAAUAAAUUUAACCCUAUGGGAGACACACUAGCCUCUGGCAUGGGCUUUAAUAUUCUGAUCUGGAGCCGGGAGGAGAUGGUGAUGAAGAAGCAAGAACAUCUUUUGAAAGCCAUGACUGAGCAGGGGAUCGGGAGCCGGAGUUUGUCCAGACGUGGAGGGCAGAGACAGGCAAACCCUGGGACAAGCAAACUCAAAGCUAAGUUAUUGUCUUGGGAAGUGGAAGAGAUGGGAACAAAACCCAAAGAUUCUAAAUCACAGGGAAGGAAGUGAAAAGGGAUCUAUAUAACUGAUAGAGUAUUUUGAUCCUUUUUUGAUCAUAGAAGACAAAUUCAGUGAUGGCAGUGGGCAGAAUAGGCACUGCAGGGCAUUAGCCUUCUACUUUGUCCUCCCUCCCUAGAUCUGAUCUUGCUUCUGUGAUUCUCUGCUUCUCCUUCUAGAGAGUUGCCAGUGGAGUUACCACUUAAUUUCUGAGGCACUUCAGAGUUUCUAAGGAAAAUUCAGAGAUGUUUUCAGAUCCUGCUGAAGUUACUGCUUCCAGCCUGCUUGUUAUCAUUAACAGUGUGAUAACAGGAUAUUAUCUCCUGUAGUCUGCUGUGGAGCAGCUUGUGAUGAGGUCUCCAGACUGUUUUAGUCAAAUUGAGCUGAGGAAACCUUUGUUAGCAAGAUUCAUGUCUUGAAAGAUAGAAUGUUCACAAGGGUGAGGUGAUGGAUAGCUUGAGCGAGUUAAGGAAACACCAGCCUUUCCCAUCUGCAAGCUUCUUGCAGCAUGUGCUGUCAAAAACCUCAGGCUAAGUCUAUUCUGCACCUGCAGCUAUUUAACUAGACCAUGAAGAACAUUAUGAUGCCAUACCUCUUUAUCUGCCUUGUGGGAUGCAUAGGCAAUAUAGAGCUAAGAACCUACUGAUUCUUUGUCUUCAGAACUCUAGGCAUUUUUUUGCUACCAGUUAAGUAUUUUUUUUCACCCAUGCCAGUGUGCCUCAGAAUGUUGGAUGUGUUGUUAAGCAGAAACGAGGGAUUUCUUUCAGAUGCCCCUUUUCUGAGUCGGACCUCACAACUGCUGUUAAACUGAAAAAAUCUGCUUUUUCUGGUUUGUUUAUAAAGCUGUCUGGGAGCCUUGCUCCAGUUGAUGAGCAGGCUUUAGACCUGCUGAGAUUCCCUGUGUUCACUUAAUAGUUUUACAGCUUUGAUAUAAAUAAAAGUUUUGUACUAAACUGAAAUACUUCUCUGAUAUAAAAUGGGUGCUCUGAUUAUUCUGCUGAACUGUUUUUAUCUGGGAGGUUAGAAGGUAUUAAUCUUUCUGCUGGAGGACUAUGAGAACUAGAACUGAUUUUUCUGUCUGUCAUAAUGCCAUAUCUGCAAAGACCCUUCCCAGUUGGACAGGCUGCAUUAUAAGCUACACAUAUGCAUGGUUGCUACCAGCCAAAUAACUUUGUUUCAAUUCUCACUUUGCUCUAGUAAACAAGGAAUUUACCUUGGAAGGGGAUAUACUAAGUUAUCCCUGUUUUCUAAGGGUGAGCUGGGUUUAACCCUGUGAAAUCUUAAAGAGGAAGAAUAAAGUUCAGUGUGAAUUUGAUUUUAAUGACGAAAAGGAAAUGUACUGAAACAAUUACAGAAAGUCAUUCACAGUCAGAAUGUCAUUAUCAUCAUGGAAACCUUUUUUCUGCAUGUGCAAAAUUUGCUGUCUUUAAAAAUAACAGGUCUGGUCCCUUAAAUGCACUUUCUAUUACCUCUUUUUUUUUUUUGUGCCUGUUCACACAGGCUUUUGCUUUAUGACUGCCUCACUGUGCAGCAAACCUAGAUUACAUCUUCAGAGGACAAAAAGGUGAGGAAGAUGCUGAGAACAGCAAGCUGCUACUGCUGAUUCAGAGUUCCCAUGCUGGCAGAUGUCAAUUAUGGUGUGGGGAAAAGUCCCAAGGAAAUGUCGUUAGCCUAAGCACUCGCUUCUGCCGCCAAGAAGGAAAGGGAACUGCAGCAGAAAAGGAACUAAAACUGGGAAGUGAAUGUGCAGCAUCACCAUGUGAAGAGCCUGUGCUGGUGCCUGCCACAGUCUCUCAUCUUCUGCCAGAAGCUGUGAGGCAGGUGGUGAGCACUUGGCAGUUGCAGUGUGCAGAGAGGCCCACAGCUUCCAUCCAGCUUGCCUGGAGAAAUGAUCACACUUCAGACAGAAAGCCAAAGCAUGGCAGAUGAAGGGAUCCACAGUGACCUGCAAAGUCUGAUCCUUACGAUUUGAUUUCAUUUUUUUUUCCUCUGAAUGAGGUGGUCCAGUAGGGGAUACAGGAAACAAAAACAACAACAAAAAACCAACCAAACAAAAAAAUAACAACAACAACAAAAAACAAUACAGGA